CGGGGACAUCCGAUAAAAUUGGAACGAUACAGAGAAGAUUAGCAUGGCCCCUGCGCAAGGAUGACACGCACAAAUCGAGAAAUGGUCCAAAUUUUUUUUUAUUUCGAAGUUGAGCCCCAUGGGUGGGAUUAGAAUUGAGAGUUAGAAUCUGGGUUUGGUCUCCAUAUUCGAUUUGAGCCUGAGUUUGGUGAAUUAGCUUCUGGGUUUUUCCUUCUCAUUUAUAUUUUUAGAGUAUAUUUAAAUGUUGAUAUUUGUGUUUGGGAGCGCCAUUGUUUUUGCACUCACUGCUCAUAACCCUGUGAUUUGUGUUAGCAGAUUUGAAGUACCAAGAUGAACUGGAAUUGGGAACCAUUGAGGAAUGAAUUUGGAUGGGAAGUUCAAAACUGAUACGAUGCAGCUGACAACCAAAAGGAAAAGAAAGGAGAGUUGAAGCAACAUAGUAGUGCAGCAGUAUCAACUGUUAAAUUUUAUUGUCAUUCUAAGAUAAUUAAACAAUUGAUCAAAGGAGAAGCCCUUGGAUGGAUUUCAGUUUCACAGAAUUUCAAACUUCCACGUCUAGCUUUCUUUACAUAUUUUAUCCAACGUUAUAUAUCAGGUUGGGGUCAAGCUAGGGCUAAACCAAGUCAAGUUAAGCCCAUGGGUCUGACCGGCAAAUGCUGAAUUGAUAGAUAGAGGGUCGUCUGAUUUUCAAAAUUCCACUUCGCAAAACGGCCCACAAUUACAGGCUUAAGCACAAAUGGGAGCUUCGAGGCCUUUGAGAAAAAAGUAAAAAACCCAGAGCAGGGUUUUACAUCAAAGAGAGUUUUAGAAAUUUGGCAUCGAUGAGUGGAGGUGGAGCACCCGAUUUUUUCUACAGGGAAGCUCAACGUCUCGGCUAUGUUGCUCGUUCAGCUUUCAAGGUUUCGGUUUUCAUUACUUUUUCUUUUCAUCGUUUCAUUUCUUUUUAAUAAAUUCUUGCUUGGUUUUCAGUUGCUUCAAAUACAGAAUCAAUAUAAGUUAAUAAAGCCAGGUUGUUCAGUUCUAGACCUUGGUUGUGCCCCUGGUGCUUGGCUUCAGGUUGCUUGUCAGAGUUUGGGUCCAUUGAAGAAUGGUGGGGCUGUCGUGGGAAUUGAUGUUAAGAAGGUGAAGGUUCCUUCUCUUCACUGUGAUGCAAGGGUUCAAACUAUUUCCGCUGAUGUCAUGAAACUAUCCAAGCCACAAGUUAUGGAACUCUCGCCUAAGAAAAAAGGGUUCUCAGUUAUACUUUCAGAUAUGUGUCCUUCGGUUUCAGGAAUUUCAACUCGGGAUGCAGCUUUGUCCUUCGAGUUAGGUAUGCGAGCACUCGAUUUAGCUGUCGGUAGAGCCAUGAACUUGUCAAAUGAUAAUUUCCAAAAUGAAGGAGAGUCAUGCACUUGUAGUCCAUAUGAUAAGGGUGUAUUGCUGUCCAGAGGGCAUCUCGUCAUUAAGCUUCUGGAGAGCGAGGAUACAAAAGAAUUGAGCCAGAUUUGCAAACCACUCUUCAAAAAAUCAACAUGGUUAAGGCCCAAGGCUACAAGAUCCUCAUCCAGAGAGAUUUAUUUAAUUUGUCAAGAUUUAAAGUCACAGUAAGGUUCAGAAUCUUUAGGUUGUCGGCAACUAUUUGUUACCCCAAUGACCUCCCGGAUAUGAAUGUCGAAUAUGGGUAUGUUUAAUUUUUUUUAAUGUAUUUGGAGUAUCAUAUCUCUAUACUCAUAUCCAAAAAACAUAUCGAACCCAGAAUAUGAAAUGCUCUUGAGAACAUCUUUCUUAGUAGUACUUAUAAGAAAAUCAAUACAAAAGAUAUAUCCAUUGGAUGCGGAUAGAAAAGCAUGAAAAACAUUUGUUUUUA